AUGCUUCGUUUUCUUGUAUUUGGACUAUUCGUGUCGGUUUUUUUAUCGUUUCCUUCUGUGAGGGCCGACGAUGAACUGACCGAACAAGAGAUCAUAGAAGCGGUUGAAAGAGCGCUAGAUGGUCAACUCAGAGAUACAGAGGUCCGGGCGGCUGGUGAUAGCGAUAGCGAAGAAUUCGACUGUGAAGGAAAUCCAGAAUGCGAGAACUGUUUUGCCAACUGCGAGAAUGAAGAGAAUUGUGCAAUGCUCUGUGCGCUGCUCUUCCGUCAGGAGGAUGAAGACAAACGUGGAAGGGAAAGUAAGCGAGGAUGGUGGUGGCGCCGACGUCAAUCUUUUUAUCCCAGAUAAGAACACCAGAGCGGGUCUUAACUGAACAGCAUGCUAUGAAAAAAAAUGACUUAGGAGUUUAAAUUGCGAAGAAAGUGCUUACAAACAACAGUGUUUAUUAAUUGGCUGUAAUAUAUGGUGUUAGUUGUAAUUACUGUUAAGAGAAACAUCAAAACAAAAUUUGGAACAUUAUUUUAGCACGAAUUUGUUAAAGAUGCGUUUGUGCAGAUUUUGAUAAUGGUAAGUUUUCGAGCAUAACUUUUUAAUGGAAUGCAUGUUAACAAAAUAAGUGUAACAUACGGACAUGCAUAUCAUGAUUGCCUGCAGUUUUUCUCUAAGUUAAACUUGAUAAUAUGUGCUCGUAGUGAAAUAAUUAACUCGCGAUGAGCAUUGUUUAGUUACAAUCUACAAGAUCGUAUCUUAAAUCAAAGAAAGCAACACCCACUUUAGUACAUGUAAUAUGUAUAUUCAUAAUUCCCUUACUAACCCUCUUCCUGUCUUGUAAAAUAAAUUCUGAAAUCUA